CGUAUGACAUUUUAGUGUUGCAAAGUGACCCUGAAACUUUAUUCUCAAAUUAAUUUUGACUCGUGCAUGAUAAAAUACCAAAAAUUCCUGAGAAAAUAACAAAAUAAUUGUGAAAUUAAUAAAUCUAUAAAUAAAUUAAAAAUUAAAUAAUCAAUAAAUACUCUUACACAACAACACAUACUCUACAAACAGAAAAAAUGGGAAACGCUCCAGUCAAAGAAGUUGCCCAAGCUGCUGCUCCAGCUGUAAAUGCCGGUUCCGAACAGCCAGCAGCUAAACCCAAGUGCAAAGCCUGCUGUGCCUGUCCGGAAACUAAAAAAGUGAGAGAUCAAUGUAUUAUUGAAAAGGGUGAAUCUGAAUGUGGUGAUUUAAUAGAGGCCCACAAGAAAUGCAUGCGGGAUCAGGGUUUUAAUAUUUAAAUCCCUAAACAAAUUGGCCAAAGCAACGUACUGUUAAUAUCAUCCUCCCCCUUUCCCUCUCACUAUCAAUCUGGAUUCAUGUUUGUUAAAUUUUAUUCACAGAUUUGUGUGUGCCACAAUUCUAAGGAAUGCAUCUCAGUCAGUCAUUAUUUAGUUAAUAAUGAACGCAAAAGAAAAACGCUUAAUUUAUUGUAUAUUUUUAGUUUAUUAGUUCUAAAAACAACAAAACAAAAUUCUUAAAAAACUUAAAAAAAUCAUAAAAAAGAAAAAGUGAAGCAAGAAGCACUUGCAAACUUUGAAAAAAACAACAACUUAAAUGUAUUUUAUCAUUUGUAAACCAACAUCCGCUGCCAUAUACAAAGUAAUAACAAACAUUAAACCCCAAGAUAUAACUCUGGAGGGUUGAGGCACCGGAUAGAAGGCAUAAACCAAAGUAUGUAUAAUACGUCCUACAGCGGCUACACGAAAUAGAUUACGUGCUAGAGUUGGUGAAGGAUUAGUGCAGAUAUAGAUUAACGACAUAGUAAAAUAAGGUAGAAUAUUUUCCAUAUCAUUACGAUGGGCUCUGGAAAUACAAAGAAAGAAGCAGUAUAAUAGAAUUUUGAAAUUAAGCAGUUAAACAGAUUAUUUUGUCUUACCAUUUUGCCUCUUACUGGUUCACAGAAAGGGACGUUAACAGACCCAAAAUAGAGAUGUGUCACUUCGAAUAUUUAACAGUCUAACGUAGAGACCUACGCCCAUGUCUCUUGGACUAAAUAGGAAACUUUAUUUCCAAGAGAUGUUAUAUAAAUUUUAUAUUCAUUCGUGGGAUCAAAUAGUAAGACAAGUAGACCUUUGAUAAGUCCCACUAAAGCAAUAUCAAUAUUCCUGUUUGAAUUAUGAAUGUGAUCGACAGAUGAUCUAUAACAAUGGAUCCUAAGAUGAACGGAGUGGUCUUUAUUAUACAAAUUUUAGAAGAGAUCAUCAUUAAUAAUUUACCGGAAUAAGUUUAUUUCACAUCCAAGGCAAAAGUCUUGGGUUUCCAAACACCCAAUUACAUCAUUACUUGUCUUCUCCUGUUUUCCCUCGAAGGAAGUAUCAAAAUUGUGCUUUUGAAUAGGUAUGAAUUAUAGAACACAACGAGCUAAACCACAAAAAGUACCAAAAAAUCUUAUCAUUACAAUAGUACCCAAAACUCUCACCUCCAAAAAUUCAAUUACAUCAUUACUUGUCUUUUCCUGCUUUCCCUCGAAGGAAGUAUCAAAAUAGUGCUUUUGAAUAGGUAUGAAUUAUAGAACACUAAACCACAAAUAGUACCAAAAAAUUUUAUCAUUACAAUAGUACAAAAAACUCUCAUCACUGAUAUAUACAGUCACAACAAUAAAUGAGUAAUACUUGUACUUUAAAACUGAGUGAAUAACAACAAAACAAUUGCACACAAAAUGAGAUUAAGAGAAACUACUACUCGCACAUAAAACUCACAUACAAUCGCACUACUCCCCACGAUAAGAACUCUGUGUGAUCUCGCAUUGAAUCGUAUCUUUCCAACAAUAUACUCAAAGAGUCCACGAAUCAUACGAACAAAAUAAUCCACGAACAAGUUUGUUUUAUUUUGUGACUUGAUAUUUUCAAUAUAAUAUCAGAGGAACCAAUAGCUCAACAAGUCAGACAUUAAACGUACGCGCUAAAGAGAGGAUA